AUGGAGUACGAUCUAAGAUACGCCACGAGGUUCGUGAAGCCGAUGUUGGGAAUCAUCGGUGUGUGGCCUAUCCCAGCCACCUCUUCCUUUUCCUCGAAGGUUUUGCAAAAGAUCGAGAUCGCUCUGACCUACUUCCUGUCCUUCGUCAUGAUCACACCGCCUCUCAUGCACAUGUUCCUGAGAGAGAAAAAUCCCAAGAUAAAGUUAAAGCUUUUGGGCCCACUCGUUAACUGCGGCAUGCAAAUCGGCAAGUACACGAUACUCUUAUGGCGAAUGAAGGAGAUUCGGAAUGCUCUGGACACGAUCCGGGAGGAUUGGUUAAAUACUACAGAGGAGAAUCAAUUGAUCUACAAAGAAAAAGCGAAAUUCGGAAGGAAAGUCAUAUUAAUCGUCACGGCUUCCGUGUAUGGUGGUGGCUUGUGCUAUCGAAUAAUCCUACCUCUUUUGAAGGGAACCAUCGUCACUGCCGGGAACGUUACCGUAAGACCGUUACCCAUUUCGAGUUAUCUCGUAUUCAUCGACGAGCAAAAGACCCCGAAUUACGAGAUAUUGUUCGUACUGCAAGUUAUAGCUGGAUUCGUUACUUAUGGGAUCAUCAGUGGUUCCUGCGGCAUUUCCGCUCUGUUCAUUCUUCAUACCUGCAGUAUGAUGAUGAUCCUGAUGAACAAGAUGAAGAAGCUGGUGAAUAAGACAGAUACAUCCGAAGCUGUGGUGCAACGGAAGAUCGCUGAUAUCGUUGAGUAUCAGAUAAAAAUAAAAAAAUUUUUAAAGAACAUUGAAACAAUUACGGAAUACAUUUACUUGAUCGAAAUGGUGGGUGGUACAUGUUUGAUUUGUCUCGUGGGAUAUUAUAUUCUCAUGGAAUGGGAGAAUACUAAUACCACAGCUAUCGUGACCUACAUCAUGUUACAAAUAUCAUUUAUAUCUAACGUUUUCAUAGUCUGUUACAUUGGUCAACUUCUCGUCGACCAAAAUGAAAUCGUGGGAGAAACAGCAUGCACGGUGAAUUGGUACCAUCUCUCGACCAAACAUGUACGAUGCUUAAUACUAAUUAUCGCUAUGUCUAAUUCCCCGAUGAAACUCAUGGCUGGCAAGAUGCUCGACAUGUCUUUAACUACUUUCACCGACGUCGUGAAAGUGUCCAUGGGAUAUUUAAAUAUACUGCGUGGAGUAAUCUAA